AUGCCACCAAUUCGCUCUCAAUCCUCUAAAAAUUUAAUAGAGAGAGAGGAUAUCACUUCUAUUACAUCUACUACGCGUGUUUAUAAGGUCCCCUGUUCUACCUUACGCGAUCGGCUCUACGCGCGGAACUACCUUAGUUCUUUUAGUCGGCGAAAACUAGGUAAUAAACUAUAUAAAAAGACGCCCUCUUUUAUCCUCUCGGUUUUCGAAACGUUCGAUAGCCUUCUAAAGGACUAG